AUGGCUGAGGAAGUCCAAGAUACGUCCGGGAUAGGUGAAGCUCCCCAGACGAGCCUUGAUAUCCCCGAACCAAGUAUCCUACUAUACAUCGACCGUCUUAGACCACCCAUUGGGACAUCCUACUUCAAGAGAGAUACCGUUACGCUGCUCGACAAUGUGGCUAUUCAGAAAGACGGACAGACUUACGCCAACGUAACCUGGUCUUUCAACUACUACCUGUAUGUCACAGGAGCGAGACCGGACGACCCGGACUUCCCGAAGCGUGGCCAGGUUUAUAUUGUCUUCGUACACACUGGGUCCAUCGACGUCAAAUCGUCAGCGUUCGACACGCUAUCGCUCACCCUCACGGCUACGUCUGAACACUGUACGGCGAGUUCGCAAUUGCCAGAGACAGGCUCUGGCGAGCAAGUUGGAACUUCAAAUGACUACAAAUACCUCAUGGAUUUUGAUCAGACGAUGAAUAUGUUCAAGAACAAUGGGAAUGAGGCCAUGGACCCGCCGUUCGACGCACGAUAUCAGCAGGAUUUCAUUGCCAAGGACAGCAAGCAGCGGGGGACUACGCGAGAGAAGAGCGUUGAAUUUGGUGCUUCCAACGGUUGGUUCUACAAACAAAGCGUUCCGAUAUACGGUCUUUCUGUCUUCCAGAGCGAUUCUGUGUCAGGCGUCCCAUAUAAAUUCAGUAAGUCUUCCAUAACUUCGAUUAUACGGCAAGGGAGUAGUACCAAGUAUUCCACACCCGAUCCGCAGGCAACGCUCAGCAUAGAUCUCAAGUUCGAUUGA